GACAAAACAAAAUACCUCCAACGGGUCAGGUAUUACUUUAAAUCAAAAAUGGCAUCAUCGAAUAUCAGCGCAUUGCUGGACAGGCAAUUAAUAACAGGCGAAGAGAUCCAAAACGUAAUAAGGAAUUACAAAAAGGACUCGCCUGAGCGAAAACUACAGCAUGACUACUUCCAAAAACGCAUUGAGAAGUUAGUUAAGCUGUGGGAAACAUUUUCUAAAGAGAAUUUAAAUAUAAAAAGUAAAACAGAAGGUGCUAAAAUUGAGCACAAUUACUUUAAAAAUGACUACUUCAAUCAAAUAAGAGAUUUGGUUGUAUCCUACAAAGGAGAAUUUAAUAAUCAAUUAUCCACAAUACAAAUGGAUACUGGAUCGGUUACUUCCAGUGAAAAAGAAUCAGAACUGGAGCCAAUGAUUUGUGAACAAAGGGUUUUGCUGGAUAGCUUGGAACGCAUCAUGAACAAAAUGACGAAUGAAACUCAUCAACCAGGACAGUCAAUUGAUAUUGCUCGUUGGAAACUUCCAAAGCAUAUUGAAUUAGCAGAUCCUAACUUUGACAAAGCAGGAAAGAUUGAUCUACUCUUAGGAGCAGAACACUACUACGAUAUAAUGCAGGACAAGCAUUUAUCGUUGGCUCUAACCGAAGAAGAUAAGGUAGACCAACAAAUUACGAAAUUUUGGGAACUGGAUUCAUUCUCAACCGAUACACCAUGUCUAUCACCACUGGAGAAACAGUGUGAAAUGCACUUUCUCCAGAACAUUCAGACUGCAAUUGAUAAGAAACCGAUUGUUAGUCUCCCAUUCAUGGAUAAUGCUUCAGCCCUGGGGGAGAGUCGUGAUCUUGCGACACGACGAUUCCUUUCUUUGGAAAAACGGCUAUUGCGAGAUCCACAAACUAAGGCAAGUUAUGUGGAUUUCAUGAAAGAAUAUGAAGCUCUUGGGCAUAUGAAGGAGAUGCACACAAAUGAAAUAACAAAAGCACGGUACUUCAUACCACAUCACUGUGUGCUCAAACCUGAAAGUGCAACAACCAAAUUAAGAGUGGUUUUCGAUGCAUCUGCAGUUACGUCAUCAGGAAAAUCGCUCAACGACUUACUGCACAAAGGACCUAAGGUGCAAAACUCUAUAUUUUCAAUUUUGCUGCGAUUUAGGACUCACAAAUAUGUUUUCACGGCGGACAUAGAGAAAAUGUACCGUCAAAUCUGGAUAAAACCCGAGGACCAAUAUUUCCAAACAAUUGUUUGGCGCAAUGAUCCAUCUGAGGAUUUGCGGUACUACAGAUUAAAAACGAAGCUCUACAGAGGCAACAACAACAAACUUCUGCAAAAAUCUGGAUUCAAGUUAAGAAAAUGGUGUACUAACAAUUACCAAGUUCUACAAGGAGUUCCGAGGGAAGACAUCACUUCAAAUGUACAACUGGAGGAGACUUCAUAUGAGGACUACACGAUUAAGACCCUCGGAAUCACCUGGACACCAACGACAGAUCACCUUUGUGGGAAAACGGAGAUAGCAACAAAGGCCAACAUAUCAAGACGAGAUGUUGUGUCUGAAAUCUUUAGGAUAUUUGAUCCUCUUGGUUUAUUUUCCCCAGUUGUAAUGAAAGCAAAAAUUUUCAUGCAACACCUCACAAAGGAGGGUUAUGGGUACAAAGACGAUCUGCCGGCUCAUCUUCAGGAGGAAUGGAAACGCUACAGGGAGGAGCUAAAGGUUCUGAACACCAUAAAAGUACCACGUCACGUAUACUCAGGAAAAACACCUGUGACGGCAGAAAUCCACACAUUUGUUGAUGCCUCGGAGAAAGCAUAUGGAGCUGCUGUAUACAUCCGAGCAACAUAUAAGGACAAGCGAAGAACGAUCCAGUUAUUAUGUGCAAAAUCUCACUUAGCACCAAUUAAUACAAUAACUCUACCACGUCUGGAACUUAAGGCUGCUGUAUUAGGAGCACAGUUGACUUCCAAAAUAAAGGAAGACUUGGCCAUGAAAAAUGCAUCCACAUAUUACUGGUCUGAUUCACGGAUUGUACUGUCAUGGAUUAAUUGCUCAUCAUCCAUUCGAGAUAAAUUCGUUGCCACUAGAGUUGCAACAAUACAUGAGCUAUCCAUACCAAAACAGUGGAGACAUGUUGCAUCAGAACACAAUGCAGCAGAUGUCCUCUCCAGAGGAAUGACAGCUUCAAAAUUCGCGGAACAUGCCAUGUGGUUCUACGGCCCUAUGUUCCUACAUGGUUCAUCAUCCACAUGGCCGGCUCCUUUUAUUGCUACCAACGAGGAAUUAAUAAUUAUGAAUCCGCCAAAGGUUAGUCAACCAUCCGUGAUGACUAUCACAAAAGAGGAGGACAUAAUAUACACAAUACAGCAUAAUAAUUCGUUUAACAAGCUACUCAGAGUAAUAGCUUACAUGAUGCGCUUCCGACGUAAGAAGAAAUACAUAAGCCACACCAUUGAGUUUGAAGAAAUAAUGGAAGCCCGAAAAAUUGUUUUCCGCAACAUUCAAAAUAUCGACUUCAAAGAUGACAUCAAACAUCUCAAGAGGCAAAGGGAGACACUAAAGGGCAGUUCAAUCAACUCACUAUCACCAUUCUUAGAUCAGAAUGGAAUUUUGCGUGUAGGAGGUCGACUGGAGGCGGCAAAUAUAUCAUUCGACUCCAAACAUCCGAUACUUCUGCCAUACAACGACCCUGUUGUGAAGAUGAUUCUUGUGCAAAUACACAAGGACAACAUGCAUUGCGGACCUCAGGCUCUAUUGACUACAUCAAGGCAGCAAUUCUGGAUUCUUAAAGGAAAAACUAUGGCUAGGAGCACGGUAAAAGCCUGUGUCAAGUGCACUAAAGCUAAGCCAAAAUUAAUGGAGCAGAUCAUGGGAAAUCUGCCACCACUUAGAGUAACGCAAGCUCGACCAUUUUUCAACUCUGGCGUCGAUUAUUGUGGACCAUUUAAAAUCCACUACAAAGUGAGAGGAAAGAAGCCUAGCACAGCUUACAUUGCCAUAUUCUGCUGUUUCGCGACUAAAGCGGUGCAUCUCGAGCUGGUUAGCGAUCUCACAACAGAGGCAUUCUUGGCAGCACUUCGUCGUUUCAUUGCUCGGCGAGGGAAAUGCCAAGUUCUUCACUGCGACAACGCAACAAAUUUUGUGGGAGCAAAAAACAAGUUGCAGGAAUUACAGGAGGCUAUAUUCUCCGAUAAUGCGAAAACCCAAAUUCUCCAGGAGUGUAACAACAAGGGAGUUCAAUUUAAAUUCAUUCCACCUCGUGCACCACACUUCGGAGGAUUAUGGGAAGCUGCAGUAAAAUCGGCAAAACAUUUAUUACUGAAAAAUGUGACGACAGCCGAUCUUACUUAUGAAGAACUGGAAACAGUUAUAGUCGAAAUAGAGGCCAUAUUGAACUCUCGACCAUUAACACCACUGUCCGAUGACCCAAAUGACGUUACAGCACUAACGCCUGGACACUUCCUAAUUGGAGAGCCGCUAACUGCACAAGCUGAUUGUGAACCAUCGCAGCAACCAAAAACGUUAGGCAAUCGAUGGCAGGCCGUUUCAAAACUGAAACAUGCAUUCUGGAAACAAUGGUCGCAGGAGUAUUUACAACAGUUGCAGCAACGUCAAAAAUGGAGAAGAUCCUCAGCAAACAUAAAGGAAGGCACUUUAGUAAUAAUAAAGGAAGACAAUGUUCCUGUAUUACAAUGGCCGAUGGGAAGAAUUGUUCGAGUGUUCUACGGGAAGGACAACUUUGCACGAGUGGUUGAAGUUAAAACGACCAAAGGGAUCUUUAAACAUAUCUGGUUACGCAACACGGGGCUACUGACAGCAAAGGCAGGAUGCACCAUACGCAACUCCCUAAUAACAGUAAUCAGUCAAACUGGUAUAGAAACAUCGACGUUCACCUCAUACGCCCGUUUUGGAGAAAUCGAUGUUAACAACACAACGAUUAAAAGACAAAAUAUUACCUCCAGGAAAACAAAUAAAUUUGGUUAUACCGAACUACUGGAUCUUCAACGGGAUCUUGUACCAAACCGAAGACUCAGACUACCACAUAGACUUGAGACGAUCAAGCAUCAUCACAUCGCAAUGUACAUCGGCCUAACAUUCAUCAUAAUAAUAUUGACCAUUCACUGGGUAAGAAAAUGGUACAACAGAGACAAGAGACCACAGCAAGUCCAGAUACCAGCGGUGGCAAUGAGGAAAACUGAUACGACUUCGAGUCCGCCGUUCACCAUUAACAUCGAUGAUGGUUGA